GUCGUGAUGUUGAUGUCGGCUGUGAUGUUGAUGUUGGCUGUGAUGUGAUGUUAAUACCGGCUCGGAGUUGAUGUUGUGACGUCGGUGCUGUGAUGUUGAUGCCGUGAUGUUGUGAUGUUGAUGCCGUGAUGUUGGUACCGGCUCUGCCCUUGAUGCUGCUGGAUGCAGAAGGAGCAGCUUGAACAGAUUGCUCAGCUCCGUGCGGAGAACAAAUCACUCCAACAGAAGGUGCAGCAGGUGCAAAGGACCAAGAAGCGGCUACCUGCUGCACUGGGCGCUGCAGGAGAGCAGACGGGGCCACGUGCAGCCUCCCCCGACUCUUCCUUAGAGUUUGUGCUCCCCAGGAAGAGCACGGCGAAGCAACGGCGCCCCUCCGCCCCCGCCCGGCCGCUCGUGUCCCUGUCGCACAUCCUGUCGGAGACGGAGACGUCGGACUCUGACGGCGGGCCGGUGGACGCCGACUGGCAGCCGGGCGGCGCGGUGGCCCCGAGGCCCUCGCUGCAGCGACGCAGCAAGAGCUCCACGGCCGCUGGGUGCCGUUGUGGUGGGCGCUGUGUGAACCGGCUGUGCGGGUGUCUGCGAGCCGGCCUGGAGUGUGCCGCGUGGCGCUGCGGCUGCGACCACGACAAGUGCCGGAACCGCAGCGACGCGGGAGGGAAGAUGGCGUCCGGGAAGCUGGAGACGUCUUCAUCCUCCGACGGCUCCUUCAAGAGGGAUGAGCCCAGCGGAGUGGCCCGCCCUCCCGGGGAGUCGUUCUUCAUGGCGCCCGACGUCGCUCCGUCUCCGCAGGUGCUCAAGGAGAUGGGCGACACUGGGCUGUUGUCGGCGCUGUUGGACCCCUCGCUCAGGACGUCUCUGCUCACCAACGCCAGCCCCGCCCAAGAGCUCCACGGCGAUGGCGGCGGCGAUGGCGGCGAUGGCGGAGGCAGCGGAGGCAGUGGAGGAGGAGGAGGAGGCAAGAAGCGGCGACUCCUCGGGCUGGGCCACUCGGGGCUGCUGGCGGCCUGCUCGCCCGUGCCGCCCUUGUAGCGUCGUCACGGCGACGGCGUCGUCACGGCGACGGCGUCGUCACGGCGACGGCGUCGUCACGGCGACGUUGUUGUGGCGGCGGCGUCGUCACGGCGACGGCGUCGUCACGGCGACGGCGUCGUCACGGCGACGUCGCCGUGGCCCCGUCAGCCCGUGGCCCCUGGCCCUGCUCGGGCCCCCUUCCCCCCGGGGGGGCAAAAUUGCGAGUUGCUCGUUGGAGCGGCGCCGCUCGGCAACCGGUGGGAAGACCACCAGCGGCACUACCGCCGAGUGCCGUGCCGGACUUGGUGGUGGUGGUGUGGUUGUUGUUGUUGUGUUAGUGUUGUUGUUGUGUGUUGUUGUGAUGUUGUUGUUGUGGUGUGUUGUUGUGUG